AUGAAACACUUGCCUUACUUCACCCUAUUAACCAUCUUCAUAGGAGCAUUGUUACUUGUAAACAUCAAACCAAGUGAAGGGUCUUUGUCUUCUGCACUCGACACACCGACCAGCUUACUAUCUGAUCUCUGGCUCGACCGGUUUCCCGAUCCAUUCAAAAUCUUGGAGAGAAUCCCAUUAGAACUCGAGAGGGACCAGAGCCUGGCUCUGUCUCCAGCGAGAGUGGACUGGAAAGAAACAGCACAAGGGCAUGAGAUAAUGCUCGAUGUUCCCGGUUUGAAGAAAGAUGAAGUGAAGAUAGAAGUGGAAGAGAAUCGAGUUCUUCGAGUUAGUGGAGAGAGGAAAAGAGAAGAAGAGAAGAAAGGAGAUCAGUGGCAUAGAGUUGAGAGAUCAUAUGGAAAAUUCUGGAGACAGUUCAAGCUACCUGAUAAUGUAGAUAUGGAAUCUGUCAAGGCCAAGCUUGAGAAUGGUGUACUCACUAUCAACCUCACAAAGAUUUCUCCUGAAAAAGUUAAGGGUCCAAGAAUUGUUAACAUUGCAGCUGAAGAAGACCAAACUGCAAAAAUCAGCUCUUCUGAAUCCAAAGAACUCUGA